AUGCGACAAAAAACAGAGCAGGAAAAAGAAAUUACAGCAGGCAAAGCAGAUACAGACGGAAAAUCUAGUCAACUGCGAAUUUCUUCCAUCCCGAAGAGAACUGGAAUCUCGACGUCAGCCGCAUUCCUCAUUCAUGCACGCAAGUCAACGGAUUCACAGCCGGACGACGGGCUAAACGGAAAAAUGAGACACCGGGGACAAAGAAUGAGAGGAAGCAGAGGGAACAGCCGGAGGUUGUUCGCCUACCUGAUCGACAAGAGAUCCAACCGGCGAGCGACGGCGCUGAGGAGAGCCUUGCCAGAGCAAUUCGAAGAAGGGAGAGCUGCAAGGAACCCAAGGGAGGGAUUGCGGAGGUUUUGGAAAUCCAGAGGGAAAAUGCUUCACACUCGGACUAUAUAG